AUGACGCGCUGGUCCCUCCAGCGUAUCCAGAUGACAUCUUCCACGGCGCCGGUAUCGCACUCGCUCGAUGGCUGCCAUCGGAAACAUGAUUGUCCUUUGCUCUCCCAAAAGUUGUUCUUAUCCAGGCACCAGUGGACUGCAGUUUCCACCUCGCAUCGGUCUCAUCAACAUCCUCAGCGGGACUCGAACCGCUCUCAUCCAGGCAGCAGUGGACUGCAGUUUCGACCUCGCAUUGGUCUUAUCAACACCCUCAGCGGGAUUCGAACCGCGACAGUGGAGGACGGUAGCUUGACACGCUAA